UGCAUCACUGGCACAUCAGUCUGACGUCUGCUGAUUUAAGUCGUUCCCGCAGGGAUCAAGUGCACUCAGAGGACAAAAAGCAGCCCGACAGAGAACAUUUCUGCAACUCAACUUUUAGCCUUCACCCAAAACAAAAAACAAAAAUGCAGCGAGGACUGAUCCUGUUGUUCGCCACAGUCAUGGUUUUUGUGGCAAUGGGUGUCCAAGGAACGUCAAAAAGGGAUAACACAAAGGUGUCCAUCACUCGGGACUAUUGCGGAGCCACGAAGGUGUGUGUGGAGACACCAGAUAACUGUGAUCCUGCAAACACCACCUGUCUGUUCACGUCCAUCCAUGCUAGCGACCCAAAGAAUUCAAGUACUGAUCUGUUCAUCGAACUCAGUGGCAGCUCCCAAGGGUACAUCGCCAUGGGGCUCACCGAGAACGCAACUGAGGGAACCACCCUGCUGUACGUCUGCGCUCGUAACACCUCCAAUGGUGGCAACAACAAGUUCUUCUUCCGGACAAUGGAAAGAAACAACAUGAACAAUUCACUGAGUGAAGCAGAGAGGAGUGUGACAGAAAUUCGAGGCACGGUAGACGAAAGCUUUAUCGAGUGCAUGUUCAACGUCUCCAGUGUGAACGCCACCAGCAUCAGGAACUUCACCGUCCUCCUCGGGUGGGGAACAGUGGACGGAGAUGGUAUUAAGUCCUUCAACGUCAGCCGGACCGAAGGCCCUCUGAGUUUCGACGUCCUGACCGGCACCACCGCCGCCCCUACAACAACCACGACAGAAUCAAGAGCCAGCUACGCCCUCCAGUCCCACGCUGUUUUGCUCCUGCUGAGCGUCCUCACACUGACGGUCCUGAAGACAGACUGAAAGCGUCCGGAGAGGAAGUCGUGACCCAGCGUGAUGAGAGUCGAUCUAUUUAUACUGUGUUUAUAUUUAACUAAUUCAGAGAUGUUCAGGGGAUCUUUUGCACUGUGCCCUAUAACUGCUUGGAGAUGAAGAAACCAACGAAAACAGGCGCAUGGUUUGAUUUUUUUUUUUUAAUUUUUAUUUACUAUUAACCAGCUUUCCCACGAUUUGCAUUGGUUCGCUCAUUGUAACCAGUCAGAAUGUGACACGCUCAGGAUGAUUAUGAUGUUUAACAAGUUUAUGUGAAUAUAUUGUGACUGUAAACUAUCUGUUGAACAGAUGAGAGAACACAUAACGAUAACAAUAAAACAGAAAUUACCACUUG